UUCGAUAACAACAAGCAAAAUGCUAUCGGCGCAUCGCGGUUUCCACAUUCGUGUGAUUUUAUCUUAUUUACUUGUUGCGAUAUUUUAAAUAAAACUUUGCGAACAUAGAGUCUAUAAAAUAGCGGAAAUAAUUCUAGUUGUGCUCUUUUACAACCAAGUGAAGUUUAUGUGAAUUUGUUCUCUAUAGUUUCGGCGUCCCUUGAAUUUCUGUGUUGGUCGCCAGAUCAAAACAAACCGCUACCUCCGCCACCGUCGUUGGAGAAGCAUGUCCAAAAACGAGAAUGGCUUAUCACUGGACCGACAACAUUCACACAACUGCCCUCACCCCUCGGGACUAUCAAGUGGAAUUGCUUGCCUCUGCAAAGGAGCGCAACUUAAUCCUCUGUCUGGCGCACAACUCGUCCAAAGAGUUCAUCGCUCUGAAACUGAUCCACGAAUUAGGAUUCCAGCUGCGGACGAGUACCACUGGAUUUCGGAAACGGACAAUCUACAUAUCGCAGAAUGAUUCGGUGUUUUAUCUGAUACGGGAUUUAACAGAUCUGAGGGUAGUUAAUGUAAACGCGCUGGAGGAUGAGGAGGAGGAAAUAGAUUGGGAACGGAUCGUGGACGAUUAUCAAGUGAUAAUUACGGACGAACGGAAGUGUUUGGAUGCAAUCAUUUGUGGGUAUUUGGAGUUAGAUGAAGUGAACCUGUUAGUGAUCGACGAGUGCCACAAAGUGUACGGAAGUGAGGAAAUAUCGAAACUGUUCAUUGAUUAUUACAAUUCGUGUCGGGAGAGGCCGAAAAUACUGGGACUGGCAGGGCCGCUUCAUAAUGCCGGUUGCAUUCCGGGAAGAUUGAGCGCUGAACUUGAGCAACUCGAGCACUGUCUACAGUCCAAAGCAGAAACGGCCAGCGAUAUUGUAACAGUUUUAAGAUACUGCACAAAGCCCAAGGAAAUUAUACUGCAGUGUGCUCCAUCGGCGAAUAGCGAUUUGGCACUGUAUUUGAAGGAACUCGUACAAGCUCAAAUCACCUUUCUUGGGGACCAUCGGUACGAUCCAUCGGAGAUUUACGAAGACGACGAAUUUCUCGAAGAACUUAAAAAUAUUCCCGAUCCACGAGCGGAUCCAUUGAAAUUCCUUCGCGAAUUUCUGGCUGUCCUCGAAGAAAUGGGCCCCUGGUGUGCCGACAGAGCUGCCCUAGCUAUGAUUGUUCAAAUCGAAAAACAGAAGAUCAAAACUCCUUACGAGCGGCACUUUUUGCUGCUUUGCUUGGUUUCAACGGUACUCGUACAGAUUAGAUCACAUUGUGAUUCAGUGUUUCAACAUUAUUCUAGUGAAAAGGAGAAAAUUUUGGCUCAUUCCACACCGAAGGUUCUCCGGCUACUCGAAGUAUUCCGACUAUUCAGCCCGGAAGGACAAAGGAAGAAAGAAAUGGUCGCUGAAGCAAUUUCAGAGGAACCUAAAGAAUCAUGCCAGUCAGUCACUUGUCAGAACCUUCUAGAAGAAAUUAAACUGAUAGACUUUAAGAAACUGAUUUCCGACAUGGAUGUAGUUAGUAAAAACAUUGAAAGUAUUACAGAAGGCAUAGAAAAUCUAAAAACUUCCCUCAAACAGAUUUCAGAACCUAGCAGCGUUGAACAAGAUAGCAAUACCCAGUCAAAAAAAUUGAGAUCUCCAACAAAAAAUGGCAUCCGACAAUUGAGACAACGGAAAAAGCCUGGCAUGCCCAAUCGUUCCUAUAGAUCUAAUUUUUACAAUCAAAAUGAUCCAGAUGCUCUCUGCGCAUUGAUUUUCUGUAACUCAAAAUUCAUAGCCAAAAUCUUGUAUAGUCUGUUCUACGAAAGUAUUCGAUCCGAUCCGGAACUGGCCUACAUCAACGUUCAGUACACCGUAGAUAAAACGGCUGAUCCCAUCAAGGAGCCAAAGGAGGCCGAAAUAGAACACCGAAAGCAGGAGGAGGUGCUCAAACGGUUCCGCAUGCACGAAUGCAACCUUCUGAUCGGAACGUCGGUUCUGGAGGAAGGAAUCGAUUUGCCAAAGUGUAAUCUCGUAAUACGGUGGAACGAACCGGUGAGCUACCGGUCGUACGUCCAGUGCAAAGGACGAGCGCGAGCUGCCGCCGCAUAUCAUAUUCUUUUUGUGACUCCCCAAGGGGAUGAGCAAAAUCUUGCGAAUAACUGCGAAGAUCUGAGUGACCGAAUGCAUCGUUAUAUAUGCAAUAGUAAAGUAGAAAGUAAAUCAUUGCAAAAUGGUAUUCAAGACAUAACAGAAGAUGAAUUGGGACUUGAUGCAGAUAAUAAAGAAAAGUGUUCUGUUAGAUUGAAUUCAAAUAAUAAUGAAUUGGAAUCCUGGAAUAAGUUAAGCACACAAGUGAUGGAGAAUUGUACGAACGAGAUGAUUGAAAAGAUUGCUAUUUACAUGGAAAUUGAAAAGUUACUACUUAGGAAAUGUGAAAAUAUGGAACCACCGGAGCGUGAUCAGCAUUAUGCGGACUGCUUCAACCAGUAUUUGGAACCAUAUCGGCCUCUAUCGUUGGAAACGGAUGAAAAUAGCAACAGCGUUGGACUGGCAAACGCCAUACAAAUGAUUAACAAGUAUUGUGCCAAACUACCAAGCGACACCUUUACUAAACUUACGCCGUUAUGGAGGGGAGCCAAAACCGUGCGUAAUGGGUACGAACUGUACCAGUGCACCAUACGGAUGCCCAUCAAUUCACCACUGAAAAAGGACAUUGUGGGUUUGCCUAUGCCUACGGAAAUCUUAGCGAGACGGAUGGCGGCCUAUACGGCAUGUCGGGUUUUGCAUAAAGUAGGCGAACUGGAUGAUUCGUUGCAGCCCAUCGGUAAGGAAUCAUUCCGUGCAUUUGAAGCCGAUUGGGAAGACUUUGAGCUCGAAACCAACGAUGCACAGAUUGUGAAUGAAAACUCUGAACCACGCCCAGGGACCACUAAAAGGAGGCAGUAUUACUACAAACGGAUAGCAUCGGCCUUUUCCGAAUGUCGACCCACAAUCGGCUCCCGGGUAUUUCUAUACCACAUUAAUAUGACUCUCCAGUGUCCGAUUCCGGAAGAACAAAAUACACGCGGUCGCAAGAUCUAUCCCCCGGAGGAUUCCCCGCAAGGGUUCGGUAUACUGACCACGAAACUGAUUCCAAAAGUCAGCGCCUUCCCCAUUUUCACACGAUCAGGCGAAGUAAAGGUGGCCCUAAAUUUGUGCGCCGAACGACCCGUACUAAGUCAGGAGCAAUUGGAAAAGAUUCAUAUGUUUAUCAAUUAUACCUUUACCAAGGUGCUUAGGCUUCAGAAGUAUCUCAUGUUAUACGACCCCGACGCCAUGGAAAACUGUUUCUUCAUUGUUCCAACCAUCACCCGAGGCAAUGUUGUUACCGUGGAUUGGAAUUUUAUAGACAUCAUAGCGAAAAAUGUAGACAAAAUGCCCACCUUCAUUCCCGACGAAAAUCGCAAAAACUACAUGUUCGAUAGCAACCAGUUUAAGGAUGCAGUGGUCAUGCCGUGGUACCGAAACCAGGACCAGCCGCAGUAUUUUUACGUCGCCGAAAUUUGCUAUCAUCUAUCGCCGAAAAGUUCCUUCCCCGGAUUGAACUACAGCACUUUUGAGGAAUACUACUACAAGAAAUAUAGCAUUCAAAUACAGAAUUGUAAGCAACCUCUACUGGAUGUGGAUCACACAAGUGCCAGAUUGAAUUUCCUUACGCCUCGAUAUGUAAAUCGAAAGGGCGUGGCACUUCCUACCAGCUCAGAGGAAACCAAACGUGCUAAAAGGGAAAAUCUCGAACAGAAGCAAAUUCUCAUUCCCGAGUUGUGCACUAUUCAUCCGUUUCCAGCCUCGUUGUGGCGGGCUGCAGUUUGUUUGCCGUGUAUACUCUACCGGAUCAAUGCCCUACUGUUAGCCGAUGAGAUACGCAAAGAGGUGGCUCGUGAUCUUGGCCUGGGUACUGCGGAUAUUGCAAACGAAAGCUUCGAGUGGCCAAUUUUGAACUUUGGUUGGAGUUUGGCCGAUGUGCUGCGAAAGUCAAGAGAAGCUAAAAUCAGUCUUGUCCAGCAGACAGCAGCAGCAGCAGUAGAAAACAUAUCUGAAGAGGCUGAUGAAAUCGAAAAACUUCCGGUUGAAUUGGAAACAGGCAGUGCGGACAAGGGAGGCGAAGAGACUUCUCUGGAUGAUGGUGAUAAGAAAAGAGAGAACGACACUGAAGAAGGUGAGAAAACGGCAAACGACUUACUGGAAGAAGCCGAUAAAAAAUUAAAAGCCGAAGGUUUCCAAAUUGGCACGUGGUCCAACGAAAUGGCGGAAACCAUUGAAGAUGAAAUAGAUGGUGAAAAUUGGGGUCUUCCGUCCAAUGUGGAUUUAUGCUCUAGAAAUAGAACAAACAUUCGCUAUGGGUCACCAACUUCUUGGGAAGUCGGGAACAAAGACCAAUCAACCGAUCUACGCUAUUACACCGACUCCGAAGGUUCAUACGCGUCGGAUGACGAUUACGAUAUCGGCAGUGGCGACAGUGAUUUAGAUCAUAACUAUGGAUUGAAAAUCGAAUUCAAAUCGGACAACGUAGCCGAAGCUAUCGAAUCAGCAGAUGAUAUCUUGAAACGGCAGAAACAGCGUGACAUUAUCAACAGCACGAACAUCAAUGAGCAGCUGUAUCAAAAUUCAAAGAACGUGAGCUGCGGAUUUGAUUGCACUAGGGGAAGUGAAUUAGAACGGAAUAUCAAAUUUCACGAAGAACAGUUUAAAAAAUCUACCAGUGAGUUCAAGGAUUGCAUUAAAAGUGGAGGUACGCUUGUAAAAUGUGAUGAACCUCUAACUGUUGAUAAUAUUCUUCGUAAAUCAAGCAGUGCUAGAACUAAAUCCACAAAUUAUCGGGAUAUUUAUGAGCUAUUUCCAUUCGCAUCUAGAGAGAAAAUCGAUUACUACGUUAUAACAAAUGUUGAUGGUACUAAAUACAUGAAUCUCGAUGGGUUUUAUGAACUGAAUAAACCGUACUUUCCGGAAACUUUUACCGUACUAGGAUCUGGUGAUAUAUUCGAUAGAUUUAAUGAUGAAAACAUGUUAACUAUAGACAAAACCGGCCAUAAGACAAUAGUAUUGGAUAUUAAAAACCCAUUCGCCAAAAGUGAAAAAACUCCUCACCCUGUUGACACUAAGGAAAAAACAAUAGAUCUAACUUUAUCAACGGCUAAUCUCAACCAUUCGAACGAAAAUUCCGAUGAAUUUAGCUUUGACUAUCAACCGAAUUUAAACAAUCAUCCUGGGCCGAGUCCCAGCAUAAUCCUCCAAGCAUUGACAAUGUCCAACGCCAACGAUGGCAUUAAUUUAGAACGGCUGGAAACCAUAGGAGAUUCCUUCUUAAAAUAUGCCAUAACCACGUAUCUCUAUUGCACGUACGAGAAUGUUCACGAGGGAAAGCUCAGCCACUUGCGUUCGAAGCAAGUGUCCAACUUGAACCUCUAUCGGCUGGGCCGGCGGAAAGUUCUGGGAGAGAGUAUGAUCGCCACAAAGUUCGAGCCACAUGACAACUGGCUACCACCCUGUUAUUACGUGCCGAAAGAGUUGGAGCAAGCCCUAAUCGACGCUAAGAUACCCGCUUGCCAUUGGAAUUUAGCAGAUCUGCCAGACAUAAAGCAGCUUUCGAGUGAACAAAUUUGUAGGCUAGUCAAAGAGCGUGCCCUAGCUCUGGGAUUGCUGGAUGAUUCCGACAAUGAAGACGGCGAAUCAAUGAGACAAAUACAUCAGUUGGAAACGAGGAACGAUGAGUUCAUCAAAAAUUCCGACUACUUUGCGUGUUUCAUCCCCUACAAUCUCGUGACGCAACACAGUAUACCGGACAAAUCGGUGGCGGAUUGCGUUGAAGCCCUCAUAGGGGCUUACUUAAUCGAAUGUGGACCACGGGGUGCGCUCCUGCUGAUGGCCUGGCUGGGUAUCAGAGUUUUGCCAGUGUACGAAGUUCCUUACGACGAGAACCACCCAAAAGUUCCAGGUAGUUCCAAAAGCUAUGAAAAGGAUGGCACUGUUAUGCAAUCCGUUUACGGAUAUUGGAUACCUCCAAAGUCUCCCCUCUUGAUGUAUGCACCGAACCCAAAGCAAACUCUCGAGCACCUUCUAGAUGGGUACUACGCCUUUGAAAACUCGUUGGGGUAUCAUUUCGAAGAUCGUUCAUACCUGCUCCAAGCAAUGACGCAUGCGUCGUACUGCCCGAAUCGACUAACGGACUGCUACCAGCGAUUGGAGUUCCUUGGUGACGCCGUUCUGGACUAUCUAAUAACUAGACAUCUUUACGAAGAUCCAAGGCAGCACUCUCCCGGAGCACUGACGGAUUUGCGAUCAGCCUUGGUUAACAAUACUAUAUUCGCUUCGCUUGCCGUGAGGCAUGAUUUUCACAAAUAUUUUCGGCAUCUUUCGCCGGGUCUCAACGACGUGAUUGAUCGAUUUGUACGGAUACAGCAGGACAAUGGCCACAGCAUCAGCGAAGAGUACUAUCUGAUUUCCGAGGAUGAAUGCGACGAAGCAGAAGACGUCGAAGUGCCAAAAGCAUUAGGGGAUGUUUUUGAAUCCGUAGCGGGUGCAAUCUUCUUGGACUCAAAUAUGUCAUUGGAUGCUGUGUGGAAGGUAUAUCGGAGUAUGAUGGGUCCGGAGAUCGAACAGUUUAGUAACUCUGUACCAAAAUCACCAAUCAGAGAGCUUCUUGAACUCGAGCCGGAAACAGCAAAGUUUGGCAAACCAGAGAAACUUGCGGACGGACGCCGAGUUCGGGUAACGGUGGAGGUGUUUGGAAAAGGUAUAUUCCGUGGCAUUGGGCGCAACUAUCGCAUAGCAAAAUGCACCGCAGCCAAAUGCGCCCUCAGGCAGCUGAAAAAGAUGGGUUUGAUCAACAAGCGACGUUAAACCGUGUAUCGGCCGAGGUAAGUAAUAUGGAAAUGUAUGUGUCGAUAAAAGAAGUGCUAAAAUAGUUGUAAUAGUUCCUACAAUAAUUAUACGAUUGUUUGCUUCAAAUUGAAGCCGAAUUAUUAAUUGAGUUUGCUACUUAGUUUCUAGUCAAUGCAAACCCUUCUUUGAAUUAUACUUUCUAAAAAAACACAUUCCAGUUGGUUGUAAGGCUGUUGGUCAUAAGACGAUGCUUUUAUAAAGCCUUUUAACAUAACAAAUAGAGUCGAAACUCCAACUACAGAACGCAUGGUGUUACCCACCGAUAAAAAUUGAUGCAUUCAUGGGACAUUCAUAAAUUAUUUUAAACCUUGGAACGCUAUUUGACGCUCUACAGUAAAAUUUAAAAGUUUGUUUGGAAAUAGUUUCAAUAAUUUAUGAAUGAUCCUUGGAUUGCAUCACAUGAUGUAAAAAAGUUUUAUAUCUUUCGAAUAUAUUGCGAAAAACUGAUUCCCAAUUGUUUCAAAUUUCACAUAUGUAUUAGAAAAAUUAAAACAAACAUUUUAGAUACUGCUGGAAGCUUAACUAAUACAUACAACAAGGAUAAUUCUGCAUGGUCAUUGUAAUUAGGCAAAACAAAAUAUGUGAUGGCGUUGUGAUA